GUCCAGGAACAUCGGAUCAUUCCACCGCGACGGCGCGCGCAGAACAUGGCUUCACCGCAAGAUCUCCUGGCGCGUGCGGCCGCCGACGGCACUUUCGACACCGAAGACCCGGACGCGUGGCCGAGGACACUGAAGUACAUACUACAUCGCCUAGACGAGAACUUCAAUAGCUUCCCCAAGCCUGUAGUACCUUCCAAUGCGAGAUCCCACUCACCGCUCUCCAAUGCCGCGUCAGCAGGUUCAAGUCAACAAUCGCACACUUCUGACAAGGAAAAUGCGCCGCCAGCUACACUUCCUCGCGUUCCCAACUCCGCCUUCUCGGGCACACCUCCGCCUUCGCAGCCCGAAUCACCUAACUUCCCCGAAGAAUGGAUAACCCUCUGCGACGCCAUCCGGACCUCUCUCACGAAGAACUUCUCAAAGUACCCGCCUCACACGCUCCAGCGCCUCGCCGAGCUCGUCCUGGAACCCAAAAAGCAUUACCGCUUCCUCCCUCCGUACCUCCGCGCGCUCGACCGCGUCGUGUCCGUCACCUCCUCCACAACCAUCUUCCCCUUCCCGCAUGCUACUCUACCUACCACAGCCGGGUUCCUAAACGGAACAAUAACACCACCGCAAAGUACCCUCGGUUCCGACGAGUCGCUCGGCGGCGCCCUCCUCACACCUAUACCCUGGCUGGCAAACCGCCAAGCUACCGCAGAGUCGACGGAAAUGGUGGACGCGCCAAGAAGCGCUGGACGCAUCGAGACGGUCGCCGUGGUGAAUGGACAGCUCAUUUCACAAGACGAUGCAAACAGCGCAUUGUCGAAUCCUACUCAGGAUCACCCGAAGAGCCCGCCUCUGGAACACAUGGAGAGCGAUCAGCAAGGGGCUGGAGACACAGUGCAGGAGGAAGAGCACCAGCAGCAGGAAGAGGAGGAAACCCCGCAUGCGAGGGGCCCAGAGGAAAUUGGGAUGGAGGAUACGGGGCCUCAGAGGGGUAGCACGCCCGGCAGAUUGGAUUUUGAGGGCGCGGUCGGGAAGCCGAGGAGUCCGAGGAGGAGUCCUGACAAGAAUGGGGAGGGGGAGACGAAGGAUCAGGACAUGGGAGAUGGGGAAGAAUUGAAGAAUGAGACGGUUAGCGAGCAGGAGAAAAUGGAAGAGGAUGCUAUUUUACAAGCAGAUGUCAAGGACCAUGAGAUGCAAGAGGUUGGACAGGGAAAGGCGGAUAAGGAAAAGGAAGAGGGAGAUGAAAAUGCGGCAGCGGAGGCGAUGUAGCAUGAGCCUCCGCUGGUUCGGACAAGGUGUAGGGCGUUCUAGGGGAAAAGUACGGGUUGGUUUGGUUCGCAUGUGGGCUAUUUGGGGCUUGGGUUUGGGCUAAGGUAUCAAGAUAUUCAAAUAGAUGUUACAAACUACGGAACCUCGAUUGAGGAAUCCUAUUAUCAAGGCUUCACAACGUCU